GUUUGAGUGUGUGUGUGUGUGUGUGUGAUCAGGCCGACGACGAGGAGAGAUGGAGGAGGAUGGCGGCGGGUUGAUGGGGGCGCCGCAUGAGCUGCGCCCCUUUCCGGACCUACUCGAGCAUUACUCCGGCAACACUGAAUGGUCGGGCCUGCACUUUAAACUCAACAACUUUUUGCUUCGCAGGGCGGGUCGUGACUUGGAGAUUUCUCUUGUCCGCGAACCCUUUGUUCUGCUCAACACACUUCUCACGGCUCAAUAUCUUGAAAACGCCACGUACGAUGAUCUUCAACAAUAUGUCGAGGGUGUAGAUGGGCGAUUCGUGACAGUGUUCAAUCCUAAAACAGGCCAAUAUGAUUAUCCCCGACCGAUUCAUGAGGGCCUGGACAUAUUGCGCAAGCACCUUUAUGAGCCCUUGGCUCACCGCCAGCGUCUGGAGCUGGAGCGGGCCCUACUUUCUGGGCCCAUCCGCACGAGUGCUGAUGUCGUGCCUGCCGAUGCGUCUCCCUUUACUCAUUCUCGGUGUGGACCAGCCGAAACCCUCUAUGUCGAGUUGCAUGACAAUUUGUCACAGCACGUGGUCAACCAUGUCAUGCAGUUUGAGGGGCUGGCCAUGUGUUUGUACGAGCGACGCUGCAUUCCUGUCUUACUGAAGCUGCUCUCUGGCGACACCAUGUCCUUUAUCACGGCCCCCACGGAAAUUCAAGAGAAGACCUUGGCUGUGGCGGCGUGGACGCAUUUGUGGGGCAAAGCUGAUUCGAUGGCGGUGCCCUUGCACCCACUUCCUCACCUGCGCUGUUAUAAAGCGCCGAUUGCUGGGGAUGAUGAAGCCUUGCUUGGAUCCAGCGAGUCUGAUGGUGAACUGCUGCGCUAUCGCAUCUCGAAUCGCAAUUUGGGUGCCUUGAUUUGCGUACCGCGUCUCGUCCAGAAAAUCAUCAAGAAUAAUGACAUGCGGAAGCUGGUGGUCAUGGCCGAGCGAUGCACGGUGCCGCUGAAACGCAGCGUCAAGAUUCGCCACCAAAAGUUUCAGCAGUACAUCAUGAAGGUCAUCAAGAAUCUGGCCCCUUUCUUGGGCCGAGCAUGGCGCAAGUCCAACAUGCAGCUGUUGACCAAAAUUGACCAGUGUGUGCGCCAAACCAUCGGAGACGACUGGUUUUACGUGCAGCGCGACGGGGAGAUUGCAAACUUUGAGAGUGAGGAGACCAAGCUGACCUAUGCCAUCAUGAACUUUAACAUUCGCUACUACCAAGCAAACGUGGCGCCAGACUUGGAGCGAAUUCAAGCAUGCAUGACUGUGGAAGAGCUUCUUGAGUUGGACCUGGAUGAUGAUUGGAACCCAAGCGCUGGCUACCAACUUGUUUGCAGGUUUUAGAUUGACUUUUUGAAGUUGAGG